GUAGGAGGGUAGGGGUGGUAGAGCAGAGGGAUAAGUAAACAGAAAUAGAUAGGCCAGUAGAAGAGCUGUUACAGAACGGGUUAAGAACAGAAGCAGGGAAGACUUAGAGAAUAGAAACUGAAAGGGGAAAAGACACCUGAUGAUCUAAGAAUGUAUCCAAAGGGUUGCAAAAAUGGGCCUGAUAACUUAUAACAAAAAACCACUUUGUAUUUUUAUUCAACAGGAUUUUUUUAAUUUAAGUGACUAUUUGUUUACUUGCGUGUCAGUGAUACGGGAUAACUUUUUAAGCUGGACCUGCUGCGGAAAACACAGGGCCGGAAGAGGGGCACCCGGAAAAGACGGACUGCUGCCAAGUCGAGCAGGAAGCUUGAACACCGGCUCCGCGGAGUGAUGAGGUCGGCCAGGCGGGCGAGCAAUGUGGAGGUGCCUUCCUUCCUCCGCCAGCUGGCCAAAGAGACAGAGAAGAUGGUUACCUUCUUCUUCAAAGGGGGCCCCAAGGAAACAGGGGCUGAGGAGGAGGACAGUUUGGAUGAGGACGGCUCAAUGCUUAGCCCAUACCUGGAUCGACCCAUCUUGGAGAAGCAUGUGUCAGAGGGGGGAUCUCAGUUGGGGGUGAACUACGCUAUAGCAAACAUGCAGGGCUGGAGGUCCCAGAUGGAAGAUGCCCACACCUGCAUGCCCCAGUUGGAAGGAGAGCUGACAGAGUGGGGCUACUUUGCUGUUUUUGAUGGACAUGCAGGCACCACAGUGGCCCAGUACUGCUCCACAAACCUGCUGGGACACAUCCUGGCAACAGGAGGGAUCAAAGCAAACGAGGACCCCGGACAGGUGAAGGAGGGCAUCCGUGAAGGCUUCCUGGACAUUGAUCGACACAUGCACAAACAGGCUCGCCAGGACAACUGGGACCACAGUGGCUCCACUGCAGCAGUUGUCCUGACUUCACCACGCCACAUUUACUUUAUCAACUGUGGGGACUCCCGUACCUUGCUCUGCCAUAAAGGCAAGGUGGUCUUCUACACAGAGGACCACAAGCCCUUCAACCCAAGAGAAAAAGAGCGCAUCCAGAACGCUGGAGGCUCUGUGACCCUGCAAAGAGUCAACGGCUCAUUGGCCGUCUCCAGAGCACUGGGGGAUUUUGACUUCAAGGAGGUGGACUGGAGGCCGCAGACAGAGCAGCUGGUGUCGCCGGAGCCAGAAGUGUAUGAGCUGGAGAGGACUCCCGAAGACGAGUUCCUAAUUCUAGCAUGUGACGGCGUGUGGGACGCCAUUGGUAACGAGGAACUGUGUGCCUUUGUGCGCAGCCGUCUGCAGGUGAUCAGUGACCUGAAGGAGAUUUGCAGUCAAGUCAUUGACCUCUGUCUCUAUAAGGGCAGCUUGGAUAACAUGAGCAUCAUCAUCGUCUGCUUCCCUGGCGCCCCCCAGGUGUCACAGGAGGCGUUGCAGCAGGAGGCAGAGCUUGAGCAACAUAUUGACAUGAAAGUGGAAGAAAUAGUCCAGAUGAUGAAGUCCAAAGAUGAGGAUCCUGACCUUCUGUAUGUGAUCAAGUUUCUGGCUGCUGAAGAGAUUCCUGGGCUCCCACCAGGGGGAGGCAUCACCAGCAAGCGAGACUGUAUCAUCUCUUCAUAUCAGAAACACAUCAUGACUGUCAGAUCCCAGGAGUCCAUGGACAUCGCAAGAUCAGAGGAGGACUCAAACUAAAGACAUUCCCUUGAAAACAGUAUUAUCACCAUCUUCCCUCUCUCCAUGGAGUCCAGCUUAAUUGAGGAAUGUGAAAUGUUAAAUGAGCGCCAAAUUAAGCUGAUUUUUGAGCACUUGCUAUCCAGACAAUUAAAGGAAAAUCUAUUCAAAA